AGAGAGGAAGAGAGAAAGAGAGAGAGAGAGAGAGAGAGAGAGAGAGAGAGAGAGAGAGAGAGAGAGAGAGAAAGAAAGAGAUGGAGAAUGACAAUGAUUCUUCACCAUUAGAGCAAGCGCUUCCUUCAAACCCUAGAAAAGGAGGAUGGAGAGCUAUCAAAUACAUUCUUGGGAAUGAAUCGUUCGAGAAGCUGGCUUCGAUGAGUUUGAUAGCCAACAUCACAGUGUACUUGAGUACAAGAUACAACUUAAGUGGAAUAUUUGUGGUAAAUGUGAUUAAUAUAUGGAAUGGUACAUCCAAUGCUGUAACACUGGCAGGUGCCUUUUUGUCUGAUGCUUAUCUGGGCAGAUUUCGUGCUCUUCUCCUUGGAUCCAUAUCAUCUUUCCUGGGUAUGGGAGCCAUAACCCUUACGGCAUCUAUAGAUAGCUUAAGACCCUCCACCUGCAAAGAGCCAGACCAUUGCCCUCAGCCCCACACUUGGCAGCUGGUCUUCCUCUACAUUGCUCUUGGACUGCUCUCCGUAGGAGCAGGGUUCAUCAGACCCUGCAACAUUGCCUUUGGUGCUGAUCAAUUUGACACCAGAACAGCGAAAGGAAGGGCGCAACUAGAAAGCUUCUUCAAUUGGUGGUAUUUCUCUUUCACAGUUGCCCUAGUUGUGGCCCUCACUGGAGUUGUGUACAUCCAGACCAAUAUCAGUUGGGUCAUAGGGUUUGCCAUUCCCACUGCCUGCCUUGCUUCCUCUAUCACCAUUUUCUUGUUCGGCCGCCACACUUACAUUUACUUGAAGCCUCAAGGGAGCAUUUUUUCGGACAUAGCCAAGGUCAUCACGGCUGCGUGUCGAAAAUCAAGAGUUAGGGUUGCACCGGCUUCCGAACACUCAUUUUAUGAUCCUCCACUGAACAAUGCAUCUGAUCAGCAACAUAUGAUCUUGAAGCUCUCUCACACUAAUCGCUUCAGGUUCCUUGACAGAGCUGCAAUAAUAACGAACCCAAAUGAAUUGGACAAUCAAGGCAAGCCUAGGAGCAGUUGGAGGCUGUGCAGCCUCCAACAAGUUGAGCAACUGAAGUGCUUAGUGGCAAUUCUUCCAGUUUGGGUUACGGCAAUUGGGACUUUCAUGUGCAUGGACCAACAUAGCACAUUCGGGGUCUUACAAAUAUUGCAAACGGACAGAUCCAUGGGACUGCAUUUCAAAUUCGCACCUGGAUGGAUGAAUAUCAUAGCCAUGCUUGCACUUGCAACGUGGAUAUUCAUCUACGAGCAAAUUUACCUCCCGCUGGCCCGAAGAAGGAGCAGGAGGAACAAAAGACUGACAAUGCAACAGAGGAUCAACACUGGCAUUGUGCUGUCCAUUGUGUCAAUGUUGGUAUCUGGAAUAGUUGAAGAGCAUCGUCGGAAAACUGCUUUGAAACACAGAUCAUUUAUUUCGCCCGUGAGCUUUGCGCUACUCUUGCCACAGUUUGUCUUAUCAGGGUUGACUGAGGCCUUUGCCGCUGUUUCCAUAAUGGAGUUUUUCACCAUGCAAAUGCCGGAGAGCCUGAGGACUGUUUCCGGGGCAGUCUUCUUCCUCAGCUUAUCGGUUUCGAGUUAUCUAGGCUCUUUGAUAGUCAAUAUAGUCCACAAGGCAACCCAAAUGAAGGGGAAAACUCCGUGGCUCGGCGGUCAUGACCUUAACAAGAAUAAGCUGGACUACUACUACUACAUCAUUGCUGGCAUCGGAGUUGUUAACCUUGUGUAUUUCAAUUUCUUUGCUCGACAUUACGUAACGGUUGGAAGGUCUGGAAAAGGGAUAAGGGAGAUGCAGCUGGAGAAUCCGAGUGUGCAUGGUUCAAGAGACCGAGUGGAACGUGAAUCGAAGGAUGAGGAGAAAGGGUUGGGAACUCAUGCGUAGAUGGAGAUGGACAUAAUUAUGUUAUUUGUGCUUUUAUGUUAUUUAUGCUAUUUUGUUUGUUAAGAAUAACGUACCUGGAAAUGGACAAUUUAUUAAUGCUAUUCUGUUAGUUUGAAAGUAUCUAUAUGAAGUUAGGCAGUACUAGAAAAAGC